AUGGAAUGUGUUAAUUGUUCUAAACAGGACGAUACAUCAAAUAAGGCAGCAACUAGAAGCGUAAAAAUAAAAGUUGACCGUGAGAAACGUUUUCAAAAUAUCACCGGCUUUGGCGGCUCAUUUACGGGCUCUGUAAGCUAUCUUCUGGAGAACUUACCACAAGAACUGCAAGAUCACUUAUACAAGUCCUUCUAUUCGCAAAGCGGCAUUGGUUUCAAUUUGAUGCGCACACCAAUCGGUGGUUGUGAUUUUGACUUGGAGCCCUGGGCGUAUAAUGAGCAGCCCGAAAACGAGACCACGCUUAGCAAUUUUACCAAAUUAGAUCCACGCGAAGAGAAACGGAUUGAGCAAAUUAAACACUUGAAGCUGAUUUCGAAUGUGGAAAAUUUGCGAAUUAAGGCUGCCGCUUGGAGUCCACCACGUUGGAUGAAAACCAACAACGCAUGGACCGGAUCGAGUCGCUUGAAAAAGGAGUACUAUCAGACAUGGGCCGAUUAUCAUUUGCGUUGGCUAGAAUUAUGGGAAGAGAAUGGCUUACCACUUUGGGCUAUAUCUACCGGUAAUGAACCAACGAAUGGCGUCUAUCUAAUGUACUUCCUUAGAUUUAUGAGUUUAGGUUGGACACCAAGGAAACAGGCGAUUUGGUUGUCUGAGAACUUUGGUCCAACAAUUCGCUCUAAAUACAAGGAUUUGCUUAUAUUUGGCGUUGAUGAUCAGCGUCAUACCUUAGCGUUUUGGAUGAAAUUUAUGAAUGCAUCGCGCGCCGAUUCACUUCAUUAUCUUGGAGGAUUGACAGUACACUGGUAUUGGGAUGAGAUUUUCAAGCCUGUACUUAUUGAUAUCGUGCAUAAAGCAAUGCCUGAUAAAAUAAUGCUUAUAUCGGAAUCGUGCAUUGGCGAUAAGCCUUGGCAAAAGUCUGCACCUAUUUUAGGAUCCUGGAAGCGUGCUGAGAAAUAUGCACGUUCGUUCCUACAAAAUCUACAACAAGAAUUCAAUGGAUGGCUUGAUUGGAAUAUAGUUUUGGAUGAACAGGGUGGACCGAAUUAUGUGGAAAACUUUGUCGAUGCGCCAGUGAUUGCCAAUAUGACAAAUCGCGUCGAGGUUUACAAGCAACCGAUAUUCUAUACAAUGGGUCAUUUUUCGAAAUUUUCUCCGGAAGGUUCUAUUCGCAUUGCUGCUGAGCCCACGAAUAUCAAUGUGGACACGAUUGCCUUCUUGCGACCAGAUGGCAGCAUAGCUGUUGUUGUUUUCAAUAGUGGUUAUGCAAGCGUUGAUGUAGGCAUCACAGAUACAGUACGGGGCUCCAUCAAGUUCCAGAUACCUGCAAAAUCUAUACAUACGAUUCUUUAUAAAUGAAAACCAAGGAAUUAA